CAGGCCAGACAGACCCCAUUUUCCAACGGCUUGGUUCGGAUCGCGUGCGUGUCGGCGUCGUCGACGGAACGGAUUUCCACCGGAUAGAAACGAAUAAAAAAUGUCCCCGCGGUUGUUUUAGUGCUAUUUGUGGUGGUUUAUUUCAGUGAAAAUUGAUUUUUGUGUGUUUUAAAGUGAAUUUAACGAAGAAAAGAUGAAGCUCGUUACGGAUGCAAGCUGCGAGUCGCUGGAACCGGUCCGGAUCGCGAUUCGCGAGCGGCCGGUCGGGGGUGACGAGGAGGUGGAGAGCAUCGUGCAGCACCACGGGGUGAACGAUCAGAUUUUGGUGGUGGACGAGAGGCCGUUUGCGUUCGAUUACGUGUUCCGGCCGGAAACGUCCCAGGUUAUGGUUUACGACGCGUUGAUCCGGCCGCUGGUGGUGAAGAUGAUUAACGGGUUUUACUGUACGGCGUUGGCGUAUGGCCAGACGGGCACGGGCAAGACGUUCACGAUGGGUUUGCAGUGGGAUCAUAGCGGUCCGCACGAUAUUAACCGGGGUAUGAUUACGAGGGCGUUGGACCAGACGUUUGAGCUACUGCGGGAAGCGAGGAACAAGGAGGACUACGAGAUUGAGGUGUCGUUCAUUGAGAUUUACAACGAGAAGAUCUACGAUCUGCUGUCGGAGAACUCGACCGAGCCGGUCAACACCCGCGGGUGCAAGUUCAACGGCGGAACGAAGCGGCAAGUCACCCGCGCCGACCAGGCCCAGGACAUUCUGCUCGAGGGCAACAAGAACCGUCACGUCCGCCCCACCAAGAUGAACACCCUCAGUUCCCGUUCGCACGCCAUCUUCAGCAUUCACGCCUCGGUCGUCCACGACGACGCCCGGAUCGUGUCCGCGUUGCACCUGGUCGAUCUGGCCGGCUCGGAGGGUGUUCGCCGCACCGGUCACCAGGGUGCGGCCCUCGCCGAGGGUGUCCACAUCAACCAGGGUCUGCUCAGCAUUGGGAAGGUGCUGCAAGCACUCUCGAUCGGCAGCAAAGUGAUUCCGUACCGGGACAGCAUUCUCAGCACGGUGCUGCAGGAUUCGCUCAACUCGAACUCGUACCUGACGCUGCUGGCCUGCAUCAGCCCGAUGCCGGAGGAUCUGAGCGAGACGCUGUCGACGAUUCGGUUCGCGCAGGGCGCCAAGACGCUCAAGAAUAAUCCACAGAUUAAUCUGGUGGCGGCGGAGUUGAAGGCCAAAGAACGCGCCCGCACCCCAGCCAAGAACUACGUCCCCGGCGCCCUCCGGAACCGGAACCUGGCCGCCAAGACGCCCAAAUCGGCCAAACGACCUGCGGCCGGCGCCGGAUCAUCCGUCAAAAAGGUCCACAGCAACACGUUCUGCACGCCGAGCAAAAUCCGAAAAUUGGACUACGGCAAGCUCAACACUACGAUUGCGCCGGUUCCGUUCCAGAAACCGGCCCCACCGGAACCGGUUCUGGUGGCUCCGCCAACCCGGGCUGCGCUGCAGCAGAUGAUGCCACCACCGGCGCCCGUUUUUCCGAGAUUCAGUGACGUUACGGAGCGGGACUUUGACUGCAUUCCCUCGGAUUGCCGGUCGUCGAUGCUCAGCCUGAACCUGUCCAGCUCGACGUCGGUGGACGCUCCGACCUCGGCGGUGACGGCAAGCUCGUCGACGACGAGUGGCGUCUCGUCGCAGGUUUCGAGCUACAGUCCGAUCGUCAAAAAGUGCAUGGAGACCUUCGAGGCCACCAUCGAGCAAAAGUUGGCCGCCAUGUUCGAGAAGAUCCAACACUUUACCCCAGCUCCAGCGCAAGCACCAGCCCCACCACAAAUCGCGGUCAUCCCAGCCACCGCAGUCCAACCAAUCACCAUCGACUGCACCACCGACUCCCAGGCUGCUCCCGCUCCAACUCCAUCCGCCGCCUCCUCAUCCGCCAUCCCGUGGGACAUGAUCCGGCGCGAGAUCCAGGAGGCGAUCCGGUCGGAAAUGAGCACGAUCAACGACUCGCACGGACCCAAGUACGAGACGAGUACGCCGUGCCGAAGCGUCGUCAAUGAGUCACGACUUGGUCCCGUUCCGACGACGGCCAUCAAGUUGGUCAACCCGGCGCUGCAGCGGGUGAAGGGGAUGGCGGCGGCGGUCACCGUCGCGGAUGAUUCGCUCGGAGAUGGGGGUGAUUUGGACGGGACGGUCGUGAUGAACACGAAGACACCCCGGCGAUACGAGGUCAUCAGCGUGGACAGCGACGAGGAGGUCGAGGACGAUGAAGAAGGGGUCGUUGUGCGGCGGAGGAUGUCCAAGCGGCUGUCCGGAGGUGAGGUGAGACAGCCUUUCGCACGGGUUGACGCCAACGUCGUGGGUCGUAAGGUGGCCGUGGUUACGCCGAAGACCGUCCAAGUCAUGCGGGACGAAAGUGUCCUCUGGGAAGUCAAGGAUAACGGUCAGGUUCGGCGUAGAAGUACGCGAAUCUCCGACCGGAAGAGCAACGCCGCCGUCCACGUUCACAGCAAGAAAGGUUGCUGUCCGUCAACGAAGAAGAAGAAGAAGCAGCCGCGGUUUGAAGCCCUCGCGGAAGAAGAAGCCGAAGCGGAUAAGGAGAAUGAAGGCCACGUCACAAUGCGGAAGAAGGCGCCGCCUAUGACGAUCAGCAAUAAGGUUAUCGCCGGGUACUUCCAGACGCCGGGGGCUGGAGGUGGGAAGAAGGACGCCAAGAUGACCGCGUCCAAGCACGGCAAGGCCGUGCUGGAUUUGGUCAACCGGGGUAGCAUCAAGGAGGUGCAGAUCCUGCCCACGGUGGGGCUGAAGAUGGCCUACCAGAUCGUUACGCAUCGCACCAUCAACGGCAAGUUCAAAAAGAUCGACGAUUUGUCGAAGCUUUUCGUCGGUGGCAAAAAGUGGACCAAGUUCCUCGAGGCAAACUAUCUGUCCUAAUCGCGACAAAGAGAAGGCAAAAGCUCGCUCGUAUAACAGCUUACGGAUAGCGCGGCUAAAAGCAACCCUCCCCCCUAAGGUUUAAUUUCAUCUCUUUUGUGGUCUCGUCUUUAUUUUGUAACAAUUUAGUGAUAAUUUUUUAGCUAUCUAAGUUCGCGCCCUCAUCGCAAACACACGAGGUAAGUCGUUCUUACAACUCGUGUUUUUCAUCUCAUCUGUCGACAGUCCAUAAUCAAUCGCACUAGAAUUAGAAGAAAUACUAUUGAAUACACUGUAAGUCUUAGAUUCGUUCAAGUGAUCGCUCGAUGCUGCUCAAUUCGAUGAGUAACAAUUAUUUUCGAUAGAUUUUUUACUUAUUAUUUUGAAAUCCAAAACCAGCUAAAAAUUUGAGUAAAAAAUGUAAACAUUUCCUAAACUUAAACGUUAAAACAAAACAAUACAAUACAAAAUCGUUGGGCCU